GGGAUUGGUCCUCACAGGACACUGUACGAGCGCCUGCGUAGUUGAGAGCUGUACAGCGGGUAAUGAUGGCGGCUCUCAGUGCCCGCUGGGUGAGAAGUCUGACCCGCAGAGCCGCCUUGGGAGCGUACUCAGUGAGUGGGGAUCAUGGUGCUUCGCUGGUGCAGAGAUCGGCAGUAAGAGCAGCAUCUGGGGCUGCAAAGAAUGAUUUGCCAGGACCAUAUCCAAAGACGCCAGAAGAAAAAGCAGCUGCAGCUAAGAAAUACAACAUGAGGGUGGAAGACUAUGAACCCUACCCAGAUGAUGGAAUGGGCUUUGGUGAUUAUCCAAGGCUCCCUGAGAAAUCUCAGCAAGAAAGAGACCCAUGGUACUCUUGGGAUCACCCUGACCUUAGAAGAAAUUGGGGGGAACCAAUGCAAUGGGACUUUGACAUGUACAUCAGAAACCGGGUUGAUACUUCACCCACACCUCUGCCAUGGAAUACUAUGUGCAAAUACCUGUUUGGAUUUAUUGGGUUUAUGCUCUUCAUGUUCUGGGUUGGAGAGAAGUAUCAAGUUUAUCCUCCUGUGGCACCUAAGCAAUAUCCAUACAACAAUCUAUACCUGGAAAGGGGAGGUGAUCCUGCUAAAGAUCCUCCAGAAGUUAAAAAUUAUGAAUUCAAAUGAUUUCAUAUUGUGAUGGAAUCUGUACAGCUCUUACUGAAAUACAAUAAAUAUAGGACCUUUAAUAUUUA